AUGCUUGCGAAGUACUUUCCCGUCGAAGAGCAGCCUUCCAAGCAAGCCCUGUCUGAGACCCCCGAAGACGAGACUGUUGGGAGGCUGCGCAGCAUCCAAGCCCAAGCUGCAUCGUUUGUCAAUCAGGUCGGCCAACCAGGGCAAAGAGGGAGAGGUCUGCAAAAGGGCAUUUACUACUCCUACAAGUCUGAAGAAGACUUGCCGCCUGCAGGAAGAGACUUCUUCAAAUUAGCCGCCCAACUGGCGGGGUUGUCAGUUCCAAUGCUGGUGCGAGCAGUCAACAUGCUCGAGGCGCACAUCGUAACCUGGCAAAGGGAGCAACGUCGGGCGGCAAGUGAACGCCGCGAGAGAUCUCGGUCAAUCGUGAACGUUGACUCGGAGACCGAGCAGCCAACUUCUACAGGCUUAUAA